AUGGCGGCGUAUGCAUCCUCGUCCUCCGUUUCCUCCCACACCACCUCCACUUCGGCCAGCGCUCGAAGCAGCUGGACCGAUCCACGAGACUCGACACCGGGCUCGGGCUCGGGCUCGGGCGCUCCAAAAGUCUACCCUCAUAUCAGGGACAUCAUUCAAGAUGCCACCACUUCCUUCCAAGUAGACAGCUCGCUCCCCCAGAUCCUGCACGAGGUCGAGGAAUCAACCACUGUGGCGAAAAGCUCGGUCGACUUUGGCCGCCACGACGUUGCUUACAAGAGUUAUCUGCGGGCCUAUGAAAUAGCAGUGAAUCACAUUCCAAGACACAAGGACUUCGGAUUCUGGGAUAAUAACCCACCGUGGCGAGCAAGGUACAAGGCUGCUCGUCAGAGACUGCUGGACAUGGAGGGAGAGAUGACCCAAAUCAAAGCGCUAAUUGAGGACAACAAUGCUCGUUAUGGAACUCAACCCCAGUCUCGCGCCAUGCCCAGAAAAGCAGUCUACUCUACAGGCUUUGGCAUCCCUCAAAAUUUGGUUCCAGGGCGACCUACCUCCUCAGGAAGCAACGAUGCCCCUUUACGUCCGGUCUCGCCCAAUUCAUCUGCAGAGUUACCUGAUUCCCUCCGAAUCCCUCGGGCACGUCCGUCAAGCAAACCCAAACCCGAGAAUUUGCAAGGUCGACCUCUGACAGACGCGGCUAACGACCUGACCCAAAGAUUCGCGAAGCUUAGGGGACCGGGAAAUGCGACGGACCACUCAAACUUACUAUUCAUGCCCAAAGCGGGAGAUUUUCAGCAUGGAGCAGGAUACAACUCACAGUCGUAUGCCAGUGAUGGGUCGACUUCGCGACCCGGCGUGGCUCGAGCGAUGCCUGCUUUCAGCAACGGACCUAUCAUCCCACCAAAGGUGCCGACUGCACCGCCCAAAGUCCCCAUUGAGACGUCCAUGGCCUUGCCAAAGCCUCCUAGUCCUACAUACAGCCCGAUAACUACCACACCGGCCAGCUUUCAUGCAACCAACCAUCGACUUUCUGCAGAAGUAGGCCGUCCGCCGUCAGAGAGGAGACAGACUUACUACAAUCAAUCGCAAAAUUCGUCCACAGCUUCGUUGCACCUGCAGAGGACUCGUGAGGAGCUCUCUGCACCUUACCGACCGACCACUCCGAAUGGAGUCAAUUCCGCCAUUGUCCCUAAGAAUAGCUCGAGUGAUCUGCCUCAUCAAACUUCGAUCGAUGCUGCCACUCUUCAGGCCUACAUGAAGAGAUACAAUGUUUUACUGAUUGACAUCAGAGAGAGGGCUUUGUUCGAUGAUGGACACAUUAUGUCUACUUCGAUUAUAUGUAUAGAACCGAUCUCCUUGAAAGAGGGUGUCUCGGCAGAGGAACUUGAAGACCGGCUUGUGCUGGCGCCGGAUAAUGAACAGUCACAUUUCUCUCGCAGAGACGAAUUUGAUCUGGUGGUUUAUUAUGACCAGUACACGAGCGACGUUUCCUAUCUCAAAGGUCCACCCACAAUGACAAAAGCUCCGGCGUUAAGAGCACUGUAUGAUACAUUGUACGAAUUCAACGACACGAAGCCCCUCAAGGAUGGCCGACCGCCUGCAUUACUGACUGGUGGACUUGAUGCUUGGGUGGACUAUAUGGGAAUCCAAUCGCUUGCACGGUCACGAACUGCUGCGACGUUGGGAAUCACGCGACAAAGACCUGUCGGUCCUGGUCGACCUAUCGCGCGACAGCGUAUGGUUUCUGCCAAUUCUCGCUAUGAGGUCCGGAACAGGCGUCUUCGUGACCACAAAUUUCUGGACGAGAGCGAGCAAGAGGCAUGGCGUCAGCAGGCUUUGCAGGAGGAAGUGACGCCAGUUGAGAAACACGAGAACGCAAGCGACGAGGAAUACUCGGUGGUAGAAGAAGAGCCUGAACCUCCGUCGCCAUUCAUACCCGAUUAUGAGACAUUUUUGCGGCGGUUUCCAUCGAUCCAACAGCAAGAGUCUAUGGUCAUGCCCUCUCGACGACCUGUUCCCUCUCGCCACGCCGCAUUUGUUCCUCAAGCUGCACCACCUCCCAUUCCCCAAGUACCGGCAAGACCUGCGCCCGCUAUACCGAGACCGAGCUAUUCGGGCCAUGCCGAUAUCAAUGCGCCCCAACCGGCGCUGGCUAGGGUGACGUCCGCGACUAGGCCGCCUCUGUAUUCAACCGUAACAUCCCUUCGCAGAAGGCUGCCUAAGACCGGCCUGACGAAUUUCGGCGUCACUUGUUACAUGAACUCGACUCUGCAAUGUCUAUCUGCGACUAUUCCCUUGUCGAAUUUCUUCAAUGAUCGACUCUAUGAGGGGUAUGUACAGCGCAACUGGAAGGGCAGUAAUGGUAUCAUGCCCAAGCUGUACGCCAACUUGGUCCAGGCUGUUUGGCAGGGAGAUAACGAAGUGAUUAAACCAUCGACAUUCCGAAACUUCUGCGGCCGAAUGAAUCGAGAAUGGGUGAUUGACCGUCAGCAAGACGCAAAGGAGUUCUUCGAUUUCUUGGUCGACUGCCUCCACGAAGACUUAAAUGUCAACUGGGAACGGACGCCGCUCCGUCCCUUGACAACUGCAGAGGAAAUGCAGAGAGAGAGAAUGGAGAUUGCUCGGGCCAGUCCAAUCGAGUGGAAGCGCUACGAACACAGAGACCAUAGUUAUAUGUCUUCCUUAUUUGCCGGUCAACAUGCCUCACGCCUGCGGUGCCUCACCUGCAAACGCACUUCGACCACAUAUGAAGCAUUCUACAGCAUUAGCGUGGAAAUCCCCCGAGAUCGUCCAGGCCACAUCUAUGACUGUCUUUCCUCAUAUUGUCGGGAAGAAAAGCUGUCGGAGCUUUGGCGAUGUCCAUACUGCAAGUGUGAGCGUGAAGCCACCAAGCAGAUCAUACUUACCCGCUUGCCGCAGUUUUUGGUAAUUCACUUCAAACGAUUCGCCGCCUCAAAGCAUGAAAAAGCCAAGAAAAUCCACACGCCCAUUGAAUUUCCGUUGCACAAUCUAAGCAUGGACGAUUUUGUUAUCCCGCGACCACCUUCACCUCCGGAUCAGGAUGGGCGUAUGAACAUGGAGCUUGCCACGACACCACCCUACACGUAUGAUGCAUACGGGGUUCUAAGACACUUAGGAAACAGUGGAGAUGGAGGACAUUACAUCUCCAUUGUAAAGGAUCAGGGGCGGGGCGUCUGGAGGAAGUUCGAUGACGAGAGGCAUGUUGAUUUGGACCCAAUGAAACUAAGCCCAAGAGACAGGUUGCAGAAUGGGGAGGCGUAUAUCGUGUUUUAUCAGAGGGCACAGGGCCGAUGA